AUGAGUGAAAAUAGCGUAAGUGGUCUGGCAAAAACACGCUUGUCGUUGUCGGAAGUUAAAGACAUCGAAAAAGGACGAUCAAUGUGUGACGAUGAAGGUGAAACCCACCGCUGGGUCAUCCACCCACGGACUCAUUUCAGGCACUACUAUCUUGUGUAUAUGGUGGUCUUAACAUUUGUGAACCUUAUAACAAUUCCUCUGGACAUGGCAUUUUCUGAUGAUAUGCAUGGUAGUGCCCACAAAUACUGGGUGGCUUUCAAUGUCUACUCAGACCUCAUGUUUUGUGUUGAUGUCGGCCUUAAUUUCCGAAUGGGCAUUUUCAGUGAAGACGGUCAGGCCAUCCUUGAUCCGAAAUUGAUAAGAAAGGAUUAUUUCAGGUCUUGGUUUGUUCCUGAUGUGGUGGCUGCAUUUCCGGUCGACAUUAUCAUUAUUAUUGUGGAGCAUGUUGAUCACGCUGACACUGCUUCACUGGUGGCUUCGAAGUUGGUGCGGAUGCUCAUGUUUGUGAGGAUUCUCAGUUUGAUCCGUUUACUCCGUGUGCCAAAGCUUCUGAGAUUCUGCUAUGAAUUGGAAAGUGUGUCAGAUGUCCAGCUUGAGCAAGGCAAAAAGUUAUUCAGGGUUGUCUUCGUGUUCAUGAUGAUGAUCCUGAUUUGUCACUGGAACACUUGUGUUCACUACUUCAUCUCUGUAAUGGAAGAGUUUCCAGCUGACAGCUGGGUUGUAAAGGAAAAAAUUGUGAAUGCCUCGAUGGGGGAAAAAUACUCCUAUGCUUCCUUCAGAGCUUUCUCUCGAAUGGCCUGGAGAUCAACUGACUCACCAACACGUUUGGAUGAACUGUGGAUAGCUAUUGUAAGUAUGGUGAUUGGAAUUAUCAUGUGUUCUGCAUUUUUUUCUUCCGUGAUCACAGCAUUUGGGAGCAUGUCUGCAACUGGCAAUGCAUACAAGGUAAAGAUAAACCAGCUACAAUCCUCCACAAUGUUCCAAUCGCUGCCCAGAGUGUCUCGCCAACGUAUCACUGCCCAGUACAAGUGGCAGUGGGAUAAGGAGAACAUCCUUGGCAUCGUGUCAAAACAGCUCAGAAAGGUUAUUAUGACAGACAUAUGCUCCAACCUGUUGAACAAAGGCACGUUUUUGUCGUUUAACGAAGAAUUCACCGAAGCCAUCUUGAUGAAGUUGGACAAAGAGUUCUUCAAUGCAGAUGACAUCAUCAUUCAUCAGAAUGCUCAACCUGACAAUAUGUUCUUCAUUGACUAUGGACGGGUGCUUGUGAAGAACGAGGCUUUCCAAAUGGAGCUGUGUGGUGGAGAUCACUUUGGAGAGAUCAGCUUCCUGUUUGGUGGAAGGCAGUUGGCCAAAGUUUCUGCUCUGACCACCUGCAGCCUUUUCACCCUGUCAUUACAAGAGUUUCAGGAACUUGAGAAGGAGUUCCCACAUGUUGUGAACGAACUAAGGGGAGCAGCUGAAAAGCUGAAAAAUGAUCUAGAAAGACAUGGGCAUGGCAAUGGCGGGCCUGGGCCGCGGAGCGUGGGAGGACCUGGGUGGGCCGUGGAGCAUGGACAGCGCCGGCAGUGCUGGGUCGGAUCCGACAGUUCAGGGGGCCAGGGAGGCACUUAA